AUCUCGACGAACUUGAACUUUUUUGCCCUCCUCUCCGAAGGAAAGCCGAACACCGAUAAGACACGGGGCAUUGACCGUCAUAUAUGUACUCAUUCCGUCCGUUGCAGAGAAUCCGACAGAUCCAAGCCCUCUUCAUCACAAAACCAAACGCCAGUACAGCGCAAUCCUACCGACAUCACACGACCAUGGCGACCACAACAGAUACCAAGAAGUACAAACUCAAUCACUCGAUGAUCCGUGUGAAGGACCCGAAGGAGUCCGUCAAGUUCUACGAGCUCCUGGGCAUGAAAGUGAUCAAGAUCAUCCGCCAGCCCGAGGCCAAGUUCGACCUGUACUUCCUCGCAUACGACUCCCCCGGCGCCGUCUCGGCCGGCAACUCCACAUUCGACCGCGAGGGCAUCAUCGAGCUGACCCACAACUACGGCACCGAGUCGGACCCGGAUUAUAAGAUCAACAACGGCAACGUGGAACCCCACCGCGGCUUCGGCCACAUCUGCAUCUCCGUCGACAACAUUCAAGCCGCCUGCUCCCGUAUCGAGGCCGCCGGAUACACUUUCCAGAAGAAGCUCACGGACGGCCGCAUGCGCCAUAUCGCCUUUGUCAAGGACCCAGAUUCGUACUGGGUGGAAGUCAUCUCCUGGAAUGACGUGAACAAGACAGAGGGCAUCACCGAGACGGAUGUCUCGACGUACAGAAUGAACCACACCAUGCUCCGAGUCAAGGACGCAGAAAAGUCCCUCAAAUUCUACCGGGAUGUCUUGGGCAUGUCGCUGUUCCGCACGAACGAGAACGCGGCAGCCGGCUUCACACUCUAUUUCCUCGGCUACCCUGGAGCCAAGGGCCUCCCUGCGCAGGACGCGACCGGUGGCGCCGAGGGUCAGAACACGGCUGAUCGUGAAGGUCUCCUGGAGCUCACAUGGAACCAUGGCACCGAGAAGGACGAGGACUUCAAAUACCACAACGGAAACGACCAGCCCCAGGGCUUCGGUCAUAUUUGCGUCUCCGUCGACAACCUUGACGCGGCUUGCCAACGGCUCGAAGACCUAAAGGUGAAUUGGAAGAAGAGGUUGACGGAUGGACGGAUGAAGAACGUGGCGUUCAUCUUGGACCCCGACAACUACUGGAUUGAAAUUGUACAGAAUGAGAGGUUUAGCGGAAAGGAUAAUUUUUAGACGG